AUGUAUGGAAAGUGCCUCGUGUUGUUAACUGUGUUCGGUGUAAUAUUUGCAAUUUAUCCGUAUUUUGAUACUCAAGACUUUAUUUAUAAUGUUCCAAAGGUUUAUAGAAUCUCUAUCACGUUGGAUAAAUUGUUAGAAUAUUAUGAGAAAAAAAUGUCAAAAGACCCAGAAUGGUACAUUGCCCUUAGAAUGGCAAGAGGUCAGCUGGAGUAUACAAUAAACGAGCUGGACAAAUCAGUGCCACCUAACCUAAAGGAAAAUUUACAGAAUAUAUCGAGGAGAAUGGAUCGUAUUUGGAACAGUACUGAUUUUGCAACAUUAGUUUACCGCAGUAAAGACUACGAAUAUGUUGCCAAGGCCAUUUUUGAAAAUAUCGAUGUGUUUUCUUCGGUUCUGGAACCGAUCACAAUCGGUACGAUGGGAACGCAAAAACCGUUUCGCUUUGAUUUCGAACAAUAUGUUCAAGAGGCCAGAACAAAAAUGCCGACUAGAAAAGCAGCAGACGCUUGCAUGAUGCAAUUGCUGAUAUCUGCAAUGGAAAUGCAGACGGCACAAACCGAUGGAACCUGCGAGUUGUCUCCGGAAUGUCAAACGCAAGUAAUGCAAGGAUCUGGACUAGCAUUUCAACAAACCAGUCGAGUUCGUGCGAUGAUUCUAUCUCGUCUCUUUGAUUGUAUGGAAGGCGUUGAUAUUUCGGCGUUGAUUUAUAAGUUAUGUAUCCAAAUUUAUAAGGAAACAAAAUCUCUGGAAGCAUGGGAUCAUCCGGCUGGGACUAAAACAUUGUUUAUGCAGCAAAUAUUAUUAUGUGGAUCUCAAGGCUACGGAGAGUUUAUAAAACCACGAUGGAUGAAUAAAAUAUUGUCAUGGCAAGAGCCGAAAGGAUGUUAUGCAGAUAACCGUCAGCCGUUUUUGAAACUUAGCGGUUUUGUAGGACCUGCAUCAUCACCGCCGCCAAAAGACAGAGAGGAAGAAUAUCGUGUGAAGAAAGCUGCGUCGUCUGAUGGAGGUUCCUGCAAUUCUUUGACGUCAGCGAUGGCUUUGGGUUCUCUUGUAAUUUACGUCCGAGCACUACUAGAAACUGAUCAAGCAUUUCAAUAUGAUGUACUUUUAUAAGAAAUGUAUUGUGUUUAUUUCAUAAAAUAUACGAUUAGUAUAUACUUA